GCUUAAACAAACCAUUCCAACUCCAUUUCUACACACGAAAAACAUCCAUGGCUUCAUCAAAUUCCAACACAGAAACCAUACAAGAAAUUAUGGCAACAUACAAAUCACUUCCACCAAGACCUGCCAUUGAAGAGCUUGAAGCAGCCAUAUCUGUCAUCAAAACAGUCAACACCGAAGAAAAACAGAAACUUGAUCAAAUUUCCAUACAAAUCUGCCCACAAGAUGUCUCACCACAGCUCUUCUCUGUCCUCCAAGAGAUCCGACAAACCAUGGUCUUGUUUCAGAGCCAAGAACAGAGGAAAGAAGCUCUGCAUAUUCUUAACGUUGAUCAGACUUAUCAAACCUUUGACGAGUUGAUACAGAAAGCUUCCAAGUGUGUUUUGGGAGAUACCCAGUUGAAUAAAGACGAUGAUUUGAAACACCCAAUUGGUAAUUUUCAAAAACAACCACCGAUAAGUGAUGAAAGUUUGUUGAUUUCCAACAAGAUCAGUAAAGUCGAAAGCUUUAAGGGUUUAGUCAUGAGUUCUUCAACAAAAGCCACCAAUUUACCCUCAGGAGUAGAAGAAUGUGAGAAACUUAGCAUGAUGAAAGUAGCAGCCUUGAUUGAAACGAUAGCCAAACAAGAUGGAAAAGUUCUUGAUCUUCAAUCCAAAUUGAUGGAAAACAUCGAAUGGCUUCCUGUAUCUCUUGGAAAACUAUCAAACAUCACUGAACUUAAUCUAUCGGAUAACAAAAUCAUGGCUCUCCCACAAUCCAUCACCAAUCUUACCUCCCUAACAAAGCUUGAUGUCCACUCAAACCAACUCAUCAACCUUCCCGAUUCGUUUGGUGGACUUGUCAACUUGCUCGAUCUUGAUCUCCAUGCAAAUCGAUUGAAAUCUCUCCCAGAAUCAUUCGGUAAUCUGUCAAGCUUGAUGAAUCUUGAUUUAAGCUCAAACCAUUUCACCCAUUUGCCAGACCUCAUAGGGGAGUUAAACUCUAUGCAAAUCUUGAUUGCUGAAACAAAUGAUCUUGAAGAACUUCCUUACACAAUCGGAUCAUGUUCUUCGCUCGUGGUGCUAAAACUAGACUUUAAUCAGCUAAAAGGGCUUCCUGAAGCAAUUGGAAAGCUAGAGUGCUUGGAGAUUCUUUCUUUGCAUUAUAACCGGAUUCGAAAGCUUCCUACAACAAUGGCGAAUCUCACUAGAUUAAGGGAGCUUGAUGCUAGUUUCAAUGAACUCGAAGGGAUACCCGAAAGUCUUUGUUUCGCGACCAGUUUGGAGAAACUUAUCAUUGGUAAAAAUUUUGCUGACAUGACAACUUUACCAAGAUCGAUUGGUAAUCUUGAAAAUCUUCAAGUUCUUGAUAUAAGUGAUGAUCAGAUAAGAUUUUUACCCGAAUCUUUCGGGUUGUUGUCUAAGUUGAAAAUAUUCCGGGCUGAUGAGACGCCUCUUGAGGUUCCUCCAAGGGAAAUCACCAAGUUAGGGGCUCAGGUGGUUGUCGAAUACAUGGCUGAUUUAGUUGCCAAGAGAAAUGUCACACCUCAAGAAAUAAAGAGAAAGCGCAAAGGAUUUUGGUCAUGGAUUUGCAUGCUCUUUUCAGGCUAAUCAUUUUGUAAGAUUUGGAGGAAAGUCGUUGUACAUAAUCUUUUUGUCAUUUU